ACGUCAUUCUGUGCGUUUACCUCUGUCAGCGGAAGCUUGAUGCAGAGUUUUACCAGAAGUAGGAUAAAAAACAAAAACAGCCCACAGUGAUGUCUUCACGGGUUAUGCAAACGGCUCGAUGCCCGUCAGACGAAUUGUCGCUCACCAACUGUGCUAUCGUCAGUGACAAGGAUCAACACUUUGAACUUCACGUGAUUGUGCGCAAUUCAGCCCACAAGUAUGUUUUCACCUUGAAGCCGCAUUCCAGUGUGAACAUCAACACCAUCGCCUUCAGUCAGGCUCAGAGAAAAUGGGCAGGCAUAAUAAUUGGACAAGAUAUUGAAGUGUCAAACUACACGUUUGACAAGUCCAAACAGUGUGUAAGCAGCAUGACCGUGGAAAUUGACUUCCUGCAGAAGAAGCAUGCAGACAGCAAGGCCUACGACACAGACAAGAUGGCUGCGGAGGUCCUCCAGAACUUCAACAACCAGGCCUUCAGUGUUGGCCAGCAGCUCGUGUUGAGUUUCUGCGAAAAGCUGUUCAUCUUGGUGGUUAAAGAUAUGGAAGCCAUGGACCCCAGCAUCCUGAGGGGAGGACACGGUUCUGGGAAGAAACAGAAGAUCGACAUUGGUUUGUUGAUGCCAAACAGUCAGGUGAUUUUUGAGAAAGCAGAGAACUCAUCCGUAAUCCUGGCCGGGAAAUCUAAGACUCGAGAGUCACGCCAGUCUAUUAUUAGCCCAGACUGGAACUUUGAGAGAAUGGGCAUUGGCGGCCUUGACAAGGAGUUCUCGGACAUCUUCCGGAGAGCCUUCGCCUCCCGAGUGUUCCCUCCGGACAUAGUUGAACAGAUGGGCUGUAAACAUGUGAAGGGAAUCCUGCUGUACGGCCCCCCAGGCUGUGGUAAAACCCUGAUGGCACGACAGAUUGGCAAGAUGCUGAAGGCCCGGGAGCCAAAGAUCGUCAACGGCCCUGAGAUUCUCAACAAGUAUGUGGGAGAGUCUGAGGCGAACAUCAGGAAGCUGUUUGCAGAUGCAGAGGAUGAACAGAAGAGGCUCGGUGCCAACAGCGGCCUUCACAUCAUCAUAUUUGAUGAAAUUGACGCCAUCUGUAAGCAGCGUGGCAGCAUGGCAGGGAGCACAGGAGUCCACGACACCGUGGUUAACCAGCUGCUAUCCAAGAUCGAUGGAGUGGAGCAACUCAACAACAUCCUGGUCAUAGGUUACACCACACGCGGUCACUGUCUCUAUUUCCUUUUCCGCUUUAUUCUUCAAGGCUUACCGGAUGAAACGGGGCGAAUUCAGAUCCUCAACAUUCACACAGCGAGGAUGCGGGACAACAAACUGCUGGCUAGCGAUGUCGACGUUAAAGAGCUGGCUGUGGAAACCAAGAACUACAGCGGUGCUGAACUGGAGGGUCUGGUCAGAGCUGCUCAGUCCACUGCCAUGAACAGACACAUCAAGGCCAGCAACACCGUGGAGGUAAACAUGGAGACGGCGGAAAAACUGCAGGUCAGCAGGAUAGACUUCAUGGCCUCGCUGAAUAACGACAUCAAACCCGCAUUUGGAACCAACCAGGAGGACUACGCCAGCUACAUCAUGAACGGCAUAAUCCGGUGGGGUGACCCAGUGUCAGCAGCCCUGGAGGACGGGGAGCUGCUGGUGCAGCAGACAAAGAACAGUGACCGCACGCCACUAGUCUCUGUGCUGCUGGAAGGCCCGCCUAACAGCGGCAAAACGGCACUGGCGGCUAAGAUUUCUGAGGAUUCCCAGUUUCCCUUCAUCAAGAUCUGUUCUCCGGACAAGAUGAUCGGACACUCUGAGAUCGCCAAAUGCCAAGCCAUCAAAAAGAUAUUUGAAGAUGCUUACAAAUCCCAGCUGAGCUGUGUGGUUGUGGACGACAUCGAGCGCUUGUUGGAUUACGUUCCUAUUGGGCCUCGUUUCUCCAACAUGGUGCUACAGGCUCUGCUGGUGCUGCUGAAGAAACCACCUCCAAAGGGUCGUAAGCUGCUCAUCAUUGGCACCACAAGUCGUAAAGACGUCCUUCAGGAAAUGGAGAUGUUGGAUGCUUUCAGCACCACCAUCCACAUCCCCAACAUCUCAAAAGUAGAGCAGCUGAUGGAGGCGUUUGAGCUGCUGGGCAGUUUCAAUGAGAAAGAACGGGCCAUGAUAGCUAAAGCUGUACAGGGCCAACGCUUGGGGAUCGGCAUUAAAAAGUUGCUGAUGCUGAUUGAAAUGGCGGCACAGAUGGAUCCUGACUACAGAGUUAGGAAGUUCGUGAGUCUGCUGAAGGAAGAAGGAGCGUAA